UUCAAGAUGGCGACAUGCAGGAAGAUGGGAGAGAGCUUGAAUAACUACUGUAUAUUCUCCAUAUUUACCUUGGUAUUACUAUUUUCCCACAUCUGCCAGUCGGCACCAGUCAAUGGUUCAUAUGCCGUGGAGAAAUCCACUCCAGAACACCCUUCUGCCAACAGCUCCUUGCUGUCGGUGCCCCUGAACACUGGAGCAUCUCCGCAAGUGAAGAGCAGUACUACAACGGGGAAGGGAGCGACCUCCCCAGGCAAAGCCUCCCCGGGAGACACCUCGCUGCAAGAGACCUCCCCAGGCAAAACCUCACCGGGAGAUACCUUGCUGGGACAGACCUCCCCAGGGAAAACCUCACCGGGAGAUACCUUGCCGGGACAGACCUCCCCAGGGAAAACCUCACCGGGAGAUACCUUGCCGGGACAGACCUCCCCAGGGAAAACCUCACCGGGAGAUACCUCGCUGCAAGAGACCUCCCCAGGGAAAACCUCACCGGGAGAUACCUUGCUGGGAGAUACCUUGCCGGGACAGACUUCACCAGGCAAAGUCGCUGGCAUAAACGACCCACCCGGAAACAGCAACAUCUCUCCUGCUGCGACCUCCACCACCACCACUACGACUACUACGACCGCUAAAGCGACCACCACCGCAGCUCCGCCCGCCAAACUGGUCAGCGCCCCCGCCCCCGCCCCCGCCCAGCCAACUGACCCCCCGAUACCCGCUGGAGGGAACACCCCGGGGGCGGGGGUGGUCCCGGCGCCCCAGUCCUACGAGGACACGUCCCCCACCUCCCUGGGCGGGGAGCCGGACGAGUACGACGAAGAUGAUGACGAUGCCGAUGCCGAUGCCGAUGGCGAAGACCUCACGUACAUGGAGGUGACAGACCCGCCGAGGAAGAGCGUGGACUCGGAGCCGGCCGACGAAGACCCGGACGACCCGUCGGCCCCCCGCCGGCCCGAGGAUUCUGGGAAGGCGGGCGGGCGCGUGACGGGCACCACCCUGUACACGGGGCAGGACGAGGACUCCCAUUUCUUCUUCCACUUGGUCAUCAUCGCCUUCCUGGUGGCCAUCGUGUACAUCACCUACCACAACAAGAGAAAGAUCCUCCUCCUGGCCCAGAGCAGGCGCUGGAAGGACGGGCUAUGUUCUCGGAGCGGGAGCGGAGUGGAGUACCACCGCCUGGACCAGAACGUCAGUGAUGCCAUGCCCUCCCUCAAGAUGACCAACGACUACAUCUUCUGAGGAGAAACACUUCUACAACGCCCAAUAUUCUCUGAGGAAAAACACUUCUACAACGCCCAAUAUUCUCUGAGGAAAAACACUUCUACAACGCCCAAUAUUCUCUGAGGAAAAACACUUCUACAACGCCCAAUAUUCUCUGAGGAAAAAUAUGCGGUCUAAUCUGUACGCCACGGUGUGUGUGUGUCGUCCUGGGCUGGGGUAGGCGGGUGGGGGUGUGGCCCUGUACGUGCUGUCCAAUCACAGGCCAGGACUGCGCCGCUUGGCUUUCCUUUGGUGUCGUAUUCCGUUUCUGAAUUUCCUAACGAGCGCAUAUUAAUAAUGGAUAAUCAUUUGGGACUUUCGGGGAUGAUUACACCUUGCAGCCUUACGAUUCUGUUAAAAUGUAGAGGUCACUUUAUUGCAGAUGUCCUUUUUUUUAUUUUUUAUGUGGAAUGGGGGAAGUGCUCAAUAGGCCUUUUGUUGCCUCAUCAUUGUAAAUAUUAAUUUGAAAUCACUGAUGCUUGAAUUCACUAGGAAGGCUCCGACACUUUGCCUAUCAACCCGUUGAUUGAUCGUAGUUAAGUACUUACUGCAGAACUCGUACCUGGGUCCUGAAUCAAAGCCUUUUUAACUUAGCCGACGUUCUAGCGUCACUGUGAAGUGGUACAGGUGUAUAGGUGGCAUUAAUACUCGCUGAGAAGUCGACUUAUUUAGUAUUUAACCGGGGGAGGGGGGGUGUAAUUCCUGAGUUUAUAGGGCUCACAUAUACAUUGUCGCUGUUGGAUGGAUGUGCUUGUCAUUUUUCCUUUUCUUGUGGUCAUUUGCGGCACACUAAUUGAAUCAUGACAAUACCGCUUUGAUUUGCAGUCCAUGAUACCUUGCUGUCGUACACUAUGCAGUAACGGGGAGUCGGAAGGCUGGCCCUUUUUUAUGAUUUGGUUUUAUGGCUUCGGUGAAGUCACAACAUUAGUCACUGUGACAUUAUUCGGGAAAAGGAUCUGCGGUGCCUGGAUGUCCCGGUCAUCCGGCGAAGCUGCUGUUUUGCAGUCCGUAUUCAGGAGGGUAGCUGGACUGAAACUCGCUCCGAGUUAAACGGGUACGACUACUAAUGCGGACAAACGCACUUCAGCGAUAUGUGGCCAAGCUGGAAGGAAAUGCUGAACUGGCGUGUGAAGGCCAGUUUGUAGUUCGGUGAUGUUUCAUCGUUGCCAGCGGUGAUCAUCAGAUUUGAUGGUCAGUUGCAACAGCUUGUAGUUUAAACUUGAACGACGGAAGACUUCAUGUGGUCGCUAUCAUCGCCGAGACAUAAAUUGUAUUGAACUUUGACCCCAUCUCGCUGGCUCAGUUGACAUGACAGCCUUAUUAUUGAACAUUUUCAUCUGUAAUUAUAUUUAGCGAGGUGUCCUCAGCUAGCUUCCCUGUCUGGAGCUCGCAGUGACUGCACUUGGGCGAUGUGUUCUGCGAUUGUACGUCUUAUGAGCUCAAAGUCAGGAGUCACGCGAUAAUGGAAUGUUGGCGACACCAGCGAUAUCCAUCGUCUGAUCGUAGAUCGCCAAACUAUAAACCGCCCUUUAUUCCUCCCUCUUUCAGCAUCUCAAUGGCAAAUCUCAUCUCAACGGCAACAUUCCUCAGUUAAAAAAAACGGCCACUUUCUGCACCUUAAAAGUUUUUUUUAUUUUUAAUGAAAACAUUUUUUUGUUUAUUUUUUUUUUUUUAAACAGAGGAAGAGGAAUUGUAAAUACACAUUCCCAGUGUAAAAUACCACAGUGGGUCUUCUCAGUUAAUGUGAGCAGUCAUGCAGUGUGUUUGCAUGGGAAGAAAGUCAAGUUAUGCAUGGCAGUGUGAUAUAGCGUAGCUUUCUAAAAAAGAUCAUUUAGUCCGUGGGCGCCUCGCCUGUAGAGAAGUCAACACCCUUUUUGAAAAUGAAGCACAACUGUACAUGGGGCCCUUUUCUGUCUGUCACUCACAAAUACUCUUUAUUUUUAAUAAAUGUAUGUUGAAA